UGCCCCAGUAAUUCGGUUUAACAUAUUUCGAAACGAAAUGGAACAGAAAUGGAAUAAACACAAAUGGAGCUUUCAUGACGAUUUCCAGCCGUGAGUGAGACAUGUUGAUCACGCAUGACCGCACCUGAUAGCUGAAAGAAAAGCGGAAAAUUCGGAAAAUGGCAGUUAAGACUAUAACUGUUGUCAUGAAUAGGUUUGCGAGAUGUUGGUUUUCACUUGUUGUUCUCACGGUGGUUUUUAACUGUGUUAGAUGUGGGGUUGAUGCACAUUUUAAGAAGGAAAAAUACCGAUACGAAGCUGAAAAGUGGCUGAAAAACAUCGACAUCGACCUUCUCAAGUUCAACUCCCUUGCCAGUCGUCUGACAUGGGAACUCAGCGUCGAUCCAGAAAUCGAGAAAUAUUCGGAGAACGGUAAAGAACUGACGUUGGUCAAAAACAGGUGGAGAAACGCAAUAUGCGGUUAUGAUGUCCAGAAAGACUUGCUGUCGGAGGAACAGCAGAGGAAGCUGUUUUUGCUGUGCAGAGGCGGGAAGUUCACCGAUACUGGUAUUGUGAAAUAUGUAGAAACCAUGGGAGCUCUGGCUGAGUCCUAUGGCUCAGAUAUAUGCCUGCCCCUAACGGAAGAUUUUAUGGAAUUCUACUCCAUGUUAUUCCCUAAUAUUUCCAUGCAAUUAACCCUUCCAAAACCUGGAGAUUGCGUUUCUGGAGAGCCAGAUCUGGAAACAAUGAUGAAGAGGCAAGAUCUGAAUCCAGAACAACUGAGAUGGAUCUGGACCCUGUGGCAUGAUUCAGUUGGACCUAAAGUGAAAAAACCUUUUUUUAGAGCGGUUGACAUUUUAAAUGAAGCUGCUAGAGCAAACGGUUAUUUGGACAACGGAGAAGUAUGGAGAGAAGAGCUGGAAAUACAGAACCUCGAGGAAAUUGUAGAAGAGUUGUACUUAGAGAUAGAAGUGUUAUACAAGAUGCUCCAUUCAGUGGUUAGGUUCAAACUCUACGAAAAAUACGGUCCUUCUGAGGUCGAUCUGAAAGGACCCUUACCGAUACAUCUAUUAGGGAAUAUGUGGGGUCAAGACUGGUCCUACCUUCUGGGACUUAUUUUCCCUAAAAACUACAAGGUGAUAUUAAACGAAAGAUUGAGAUCUAAAAACCAGACAGUAAGGCAUAUGGCUUCAGAAGCUGAGGAUUUCUACGUUUCUAUGGGAAUGCCAAGGAUGACCAGGAAGUUCUGGAAGUAUUCGAUAUUUCAGAAGAAGGAUAACACAUCGGUUUGUCAUGGGACCGCUGCCAAUUUAUACCAUGAUGGCGAUUUCAGGAUUAUGAUGUGUGGCCAACCCAGCAUAGAUGACUUUUAUGUUAUUCAUCAUGAAAUGGGACACAUCGAAUACUAUAUGGCAUAUGAGCAGCAACCAGCAGUAUUUCAGGAUGGUACAAACACAGCUUUCCACGAGAGUAUAGGGGACGCUAUUAUGCAUGGGGUGAUGACACCCCAACAUCUUCACCGUAUAAGUUUGCUCAAAGACGAGGAACUCUUCGAUUCCAACACUGAUUUCGCUUUGAAUUUACUGCAAGCCCUAGAAAAAAUACCAGAGAUCCCAUUCGCUCUCCUCAUUGAUAAAUACAGGUGGAAAAUAUUCAGAGGGGAAAUCCCCAAACAAAAACUCAAUACGGCAUAUUGGGAGAUGAAUAGGUUAUACAGAGGGGUAGUACCACCUGAACAUAGGGGUGAAGAUUUUUUUGAUGCUGGAGCAAAGUUUCACAUACCAGAUGGAACACCUUACAUCAGGUAUUUCCUCAGUGGUAUUCUCCAAAUGGACCUCUUCAAAAGUUUCUGCGAGAUAACUGUAUUGGGUAGAAAUUCAAAGAACAAGGAAGAGGAUAAGAUACUACCUCUUCAAAGAUGUGAUAUUUAUGGUUCUAAGAAAGCUGGAAGAAAUUUGAGACAAGUUUUAUCACUUGGAUCAAGUGUCCAUUGGAGUGUGGUGUUGAACCUACUGACUGGUCAUAGUAAGAUCACAACCAGGCCUUUUCUACAAUACUAUGCACCUGUUCAUAAAUGGCUCAAGAACUUCAUUGAAACUCAUAACCUUUAUGUAGGUUGGUAAACCAAGUAAUUUAUGUUGUUGAAUCAUUAAAUGUAGCAUUUCAUC